AUGUCAGACCCAGUCUCCGUACCAAAGAAACGAAGACGUAUCUCAAGAGCUUGUGACUUCUGCAACAGACGCAGUAUCCGAUGCAGGCCGAGUCAAGAGGAUAGCGAUCGAUGUCAGAACUGCGUAGAUUUCGGCGUCGACUGCACUUACAAGCGGCCAAUGAAGAGAAGAGGAAAACCCCAGCAAAGCACUCACUCUCAACUUGAUGAAUCAACUGGCGAGCACCAGGAACUCUUACCGAUAUUACCGCCAACGAAUCUGCAAAAAAACCACAAUGCAAUCUAUGGCGCGUCAUAUGAGAGCCCAAGACCUAGGCUAGAGGUCAAAUUCUCUUUUGAAUUGAGUGAAGAUCAUCAGGAGAUGGUUCGAAAUAAUCUUGCGAAGAUUCAAGACCUUGUCACUGUUUACUUCGAAGUUGUAUAUCCAAUUACCAGAUUCCCGUUCUUCCACAGACCAACCCUCCUCCGCAAAAUCAGCACUCGAGAAUACCUAUCCGACAAGGCACAAUUCGCUAUGACAAUGGCAAUAUGUGCUUUGGCAUCUGCUCGAGCACGUGAUGGAGCCCUAUAUCCUUCCAAAUGGAACCCAGACUACCUCCGAGAACCUGCAUCCGAGCUUUUCUCUGAUGCUGCCAAAGCUGUCCUCCCUUUAGACUGGAGUGUUAUGCCUUGUCUUGACUGGAUGCGGACGUGUGCAGUGUUAGCCCUUGUUGGAAUACAGCUUGGCAAUAUUAAGAUGAUGCAUCAAUAUCUGGGUAUAUACCAUACGCUCGUUGCAAUGGACGGACUUCACGAUGAGAAGAAUUGGCCUAAAAAUAUUGACAUGGUCGAAGUUGAAGAGCGUAGAAGGCUGUUUUGGUCUAUCUACACUCUGGAGGUCUACUCAUCCAUUGUCUGGGGCGGCAUGAUUCGCUGCCGUGAAGCUCAAUCUCGAGUUCAAUAUCCAAGCGAACUCGACGAUGAGAUGUUCUCUUCGACAGGCAUCGAAAACCAUCCCAGCUCUCCUACAACACGACAACUAAAUUCAUUUCCCAUGCCCGUCAUCGCCGACACCAGCUCUUGGCUCCGGGGAUGGAACUUUACCACAGAACUGUACCGGAUCCUGGAGCAUGCCAUGGAUGAGUUCCAUCGCCGUCGACCACAGAGCAUUGGACCACUCUCACCAUCCGAUCUAUUCCAACAGAGCGCUCCGCCUCAGUCUGUGGUGCUUGACAAGAUUAUCCUCAUGCAUGACAAUUUACCGGCUAGAUUCAAGGAGACGAGAAGUGUCGUAGGUGAAAUGACGGCUGAUAGAUAUAGCUUCCAAGCAGCCAACAUUUCAGCCACGCUCCAGCUGGCGCGCAUGGUACUAUUUACAGCAGAGGACGCCACACUUGAACAAAAAUGCGUCAUUGCAAGAGAACUCCUAGAUGACUUUGCGAACAUUCCCAUCUUCUUUCUGAAAGCAAUUUCAUCGCCUCUCCUGCACCAUCUUGCCGGAAUUGGUGCAAUUCUAGGGUCUGUCAUCGAGGGACAACUAUCACUUUCCGAGUAUUUUCAAGUUCGUACAGUAUUAUUGCGGAUGGCAGAUCUUCUAGCGAGUCUCGAAGUAUCAUUAACUCAAAAAGCAGGUGCCAGCGAGCGCUUGCGUACCUUACUCGCUCGGAUUGACCAGUACAUGAGUACUCAGCAUCUACAAGAACUUCCUCUUGCGAUGCCGGACGUCCCCCAACAACAAGGAGUCGAAUGGGACGGAGGCGCGCAGAGGAAUUUUGAUGGCGGUAGUGUCCCUGGAAUGGAUGCAUCGUUUCAACUGCCACAGGAGCUGCUGGUAGAUUGGCCUUGGCCUCUGGAUCUUACUCAAGGAUUUGGAAAUUUCCGGGGCAUUUGAUUGGGAGUAUUUUUCAACCAUCGAUCUCAUAUAUUGCAAUAUAAACCCAUUCACAUGAUGCAGCGAAAUGUCAAAGGACCUCCGCAAGUAGGUGUCUAGGUAGGGCCUGAAGUUACUCCACUUUAACACUUUUCUAUACAUGUACCUGUACUGAGAUUGUUACUCGGGACACCCGGUACUUUUUGAAAAGGAAAAAGAAAUCUCAAAAUAACUUGAUGCUGACAGAAUUAAAGCAGACCAUUCUCUGCGGAAACGGAUGCUUCAAUCAAAACCCCCUCUCUCCACUUUGUGCUUGUUUGCUUACUCACAAGUCCUC